AUGGGCGUUGAAAAGCUCGUGAUCAGACCUGGCAAUGGCAUAGACUUCCCGAAGAAGCAUGACGAGGUAUCUAUGGAAUACACUGGAUGGCUAUUUGACGAUGAUGCCCCGGACCACAAGGGCGGACAAUUCGAUACUUCCGUAGGUCGCGGUGACCUGAUCACCCCCAUCGGUGCCGGCCGGGUCAUCAAAGGCUGGGAUGAGGGCAUUUUAGGCUCCGCAGAGGCUUCUCCAAUGACGCUGGGAGAGAAGGCGACUUUAAUCAUAACAUCAUCGUUUGAGCCAUGCUUCUUCGAAUCUCCCGCGCUCCUGGACGUCCAUGCCGCAGCAACCGCCAAUCUUGUACAACACGAAUGUCUGCAGCCUAUUGGCAUCGCCGCAUCUUUGCACUUCGACGAUCUGAUCAGACCAUGA